UACUGUGCAUAUCCAUGUUCUGGUCUUCCUGUCUCCUUUUUUCUUGUCAGCUACUCCCCCAUUGGCUAACUCCACAUGAGGGUAGGGUGAUUAGACAAUCAUUAGAUCCAAUAAAACAUAGCUGGUUAACAGUUUGUUAACGUUUGACUAGACAUAUGGGGCUGCUGAGAUCCCUCUGAGGUCUAGGGAGUGACUCGCUCGAUCUCUCCGGCAAGACUGUGAUCAUGACACCCAUAACGCAUCUGUUGUUGCUCCCACUCCUGUUCAGCAUAGCUGGUGCGAAGGAUCUGGAGGAAAAGAAGGGCUUGUUUGAGAACACGGCACUGAAUGUGCCAGAGGGGACUCCAGUGCCAUAUCCCAUCUAUCAGUUUCAGGUGACCCAUCCAGGUGUUAGUGAUUUCAGGUUGAGUGGAGAAGGCAAGGAAGACAUUAGGAUUUCAAAAGAUGGGUGGCUAUACCUGGAGAAGCCUCUGGACUGGUCUCGAGAUGACCAUUACAUUAUCAUGGUGGAGGCGCUGGCAGGUGAUGAAGUUGUUGAUGGCCCAGUUUAUGUGACCAUAAAUGUGUUGGACAUCAACAACAAUGCUCCUUACUUCAACCAGAGCACCUACACAGCUGUGGUCAGAGAAAACAAUGGCGCAGGUAUCCCAUUUACCCGUGUGUUUGCGUUGGAUCAAGAUGACCCACAGACUCCCAACGCUCAUCUGAGCUACAGCCUGGUGAGCCAGAUCCCCAACAAUCACCACAUCCUCCUGUUCCAGAUCGAUCCUAACACGGGAGAGAUCUCCACUACAGAAGCAGGGGAAAGGAUGAUCAAAGCCAGACAAGGUAUCCAGUAUGGCAAAGGAGAGGAUCGGAGCAUUGAUGCUCUGAAGACAAAGUUUAAUGACUACUGUCCAGUGCAGAAUAUCCCCUAUGAAGAAAACCCCUUCUUCACUUGUGUGGAGAGAGCAGAAAUAAGGAGGAGGAAUGUAGACCCCUUGGAGGACCCAGACUACACCCUGUCUGUGCGUGUGCAGGACCUGGAAGGAGCGUCGGAGACCUCGCUGAGUGGAAAUGCCAUAGUGCACAUUGUCGUGCAGCAAAACCUGUGGGUCAAUCCUGGACCUAUAAUUGUUAAAGAACACUUAAAGGAAACAUAUCCAUUAGUUAUUGCAAAGGUCCAGUCUAAUGAGCCCAACGCCAUCUACACGUUAGUGCAGAAAGAGCGAGAGAUGAAAUUCCCCUUCCAGAUUACAGAAGAUGGAGAAAUACAUCUGACAGAUGAGCUGGAUAGGGAAGACAAGGACAUGUACAUCCUAGUGGUGUUUGCAGUGGAUAGCAAUGACAAACAGCUGGAUCCCCCCAUGGAGAUUCAAGUCAUAGUGGAGGAUCUAAACGACAAUGCACCAGUGUGUGCAAAUAAGGAGAGUGUGUUUGAGGUGCAGGAGGAUGAACCAGUAGGUAGCCUGAUUGGACAACUGUUGGCCCAUGAUGACGAUCAAGCCGGGACACUGAACGCUCAGCUGACUUUCACCAUUGUGUCCCAAAAUCCACCCACCACAUCCAACUCCUUUUCCAUUGACGCUGCUUCUGGAAGAAUCCAGUCAUUAAGCUCGCUGCAGCGAAAAGACCAGCAGGUGUAUAAUCUCAGCGUCAGAGUCAGUGACCCAGUGUUCAGCACAGAAUGUGAGGUCGUUGUCAAGAUCAUUGAUGUCAACAACGAGAUGCCUCAGUUUGAGAAGAAUGAUUAUGGCAGUCACACUCUGGCAGAGGACACUCCUGUUGGACACACAGUGCUGACCAUCAGCGCGACAGACGCUGAUGACCCAGACAGCGGCAGCUCCUUUAUCGAGUUCCACAUCACUGCUGGUGACAAUGAUAACAUUUUUGUUGUGGAAACCGACGGCAAAGGCGUUGGCCAUCUGGUCAUAGCUAAGCCUCUGGACUUUGAGUCCUCUCCCACCUACAAGCUCCAGAUUGAUGCUCGUAACCCAGAGCCGCUGAUGAAGGGUCUGGAGUACGGCAGCAAAUCCACAGCCUUUGUUUCUGUGUCUGUCACUGACGUGGACGAGGCUCCAGAGUUCAGUCUGGACAUACUGGAUGUGACUGUGCCUGAAAACACCACCAAAGGAUCAGUGCUGCUCACUGUGGAGGCAAAGGAUCCAGAAGGCAAAGAGAUCAGUUUUAAGAUGGACGGUGACACUCGGGGCUGGCUGGAGAUCGAUGCUGCCACUGGAGAGAUUAAGACCAAAGACAAGCUGGACAGAGAAACCUUAGAGACUUUUGAAGUCACUGUGACUGCAUUUGAGAAAGAGAACCCUGAAAAGUCUUCUGAGCGAGUUGUGUCUGUGAGGCUGCUGGAUGUGAACGACAACUUCCCUAAACUGAUGGAGACCCAGGCCUUCAUCUGUGUGAAGAAACCCGAACCUAUCAUUAUCAAGGCCCAAGACACAGACAGUGCCCCCUUCUCUCAGCCCUUCACCUUCAGCUUCAUUUUCGCCCACGGCAAAAAAUCACCCAACUGGGACUUGAAAAGUAUCGACGGUACAACAGCUAAAUUGAUCCUGAAAAAACAACCAACUGAAGAUAAAACCUUCACUCUACCCAUUAACAUUAGAGACAAUGCAGGCAUGGGAAUCACACAGUCGUUUGAGGUGAGAGUAUGUAACUGCACCGAGCUGGGCUACUGCUACUUUGCACCAGAUGAACGUGCCUUCCGUUUGGGGAUGGGACCCACCAUUGGGAUCCUGGUUGGCACUCUGGGAUUCUGCGUUAUUAUCUUCAUUAUAGUUAUAAGACGUGCAAAUAAAGGGGGCAAGAAGACGACUGAAGAACAAGAGAGGAACGCCUUGAUGUAGAGACUGCACACACACACACACA